AUGUUCGCCUUGGCUAUUCUUGCAUCAUCAAGAGCCUCACGCGUCCCAAAGAUCGGACAGCAACCUCUCAGACGCAGACCAAUUGGUCCAUAUCCUUUUCCAUUAAAGUAUUCUUCACACCAUCAAGAAGCUAACAUGAUUAAUCCAUACACAAAACAAAUGAGAGACAUCAUUGCCAAAGAAAUUGCUAAAUGGAAGGACCAAAUUCACUUUGACAGAAACGCUGAAGAUUCAGUAGACGACGACAACAUACCAGCAUUCGUUAUUCCAGUUGUAAAAUUCAUUACACCAAUAGUUCUCGAUCAGAUUGCUUCGAGAGUUUUCCACAAUGGAGUCGCCAAUGCCGAAGAAUCAACAAUUGACGAUGACAAUAUCCCAGCAUUCGUCAUUCCUGCAAUCCAAAUUGUUGGCGGAAUUGUUGUUGAUGAAAUCUUAAAGAGAGUUCUCCCCAAUAACGUCAAUGCAGAGAUGGCACUCGAUGAUGACAACUUCCCAUGGGCUAAAGUCGGUGAAGUUGUUUGGAAGGUUGGAUUAGAGGAAGCCGUUAAGUGGGCAAUGAGCCAAGUUCUUCCACAUAAUGGUGUCAAUGCAGAAGAGUCAUUAGAUGAUGACAACUUCCCAUGGGAUAAGGUCGGUGAAGUUGUUUGGAAAUGUGCAUUACAGGAAACAGUCAAGUGGGCAAUGGGCCAAGUUCUUCCACACAAUUCCGUAUCCAACUCUUUCAAGCCAUAUGUUCCAAGAAGACCAGUAUGGAAGGCUUACUAA